AUGCUCAUCACCAAGGCUCUCGCUGUGGGUUCUUUCCUGCUCUCCGGAGCGGCGGCUGCCCCGAAGCCCGCCCCCGUCUUCUACAAGGGACAUGAUCUCUCUGUUCUGAAGAUCAUGGAGGAGGGCGGCGUUGUCUACCAUGACACGGCAAAGAAGAACGCGACCCGGCCGGCUGAGGACAUCCUCGGCGAUGGCGGCAUGAACACUGUUCGCCUCAGACUUUGGGUCGACCCCAUCCCGGGCCAGUACGACCUGCCCUACGUGCUCGACCUCGCCAAGCGCUUCGCGAGCAAGGGCUACCACAUCUACCUCGACUACCACUUCUCCGACACGUGGGCCGAUCCGCAGCACAACAACGCGCCGGCGGCGUGGCCGACGACGCUGCCGGAGCUGUCCAAGACGAUCCGCAGCUACGUCAACUCGACGCUGCACACGUUCAAGGACGCGGGCGUCGACCUCUCCAUCGUCUCGCUCGGCAACGAGAUCCGCCACGGCAUGGUCUGGCCGCUCGGCUACGUCGAGGUCGACACGUUCCCGGACCGCGCGCGCGCGAAGAACUUCACGGGGCUGGCCACCAUCUACUCUGCGGCGCGGCGCGGCGUCGACGACGCCGUGGCCGGCGGCGUGCACAAGCCCGACGUCAUGAUCCACGUCGACAACGGCUGGAACGUGACGCUGCAGGAGGCGUGGUUCAGCGCCCUCACCGACACGGGCCUCGUGACGACGGCCGACUGGGACGUCUUCGGCUUCUCCUUCUACCCCUUCUACGGCACCGCCGCCACCUUCAAGAACCUCAAGAAGAGCCUGACCACCAUGUCGCGCAAGUACAAGAAGCCCGUCCAGGUCGUCGAGACCGACUACCCCGUCCUGUGCUCGGGUCAGUGGGGCCCCGUGCCAGACCUCAGCGAGCCGUCCAUCCCCGUCAGCGUCGACGGCCAGAUCGACUGGGUCCACAAGGUCAUCGACGUCGUCCGCCAGGUGCCCCAGGGCCGCGGCACCGGCGUCCACUACUGGGAGCCCGCCUGGACCAACCUCACCAGCCUGGGCAGCGCCUGCGACGACGCCAUCCUCUUCCAGGCCGACUACAGCGCCUGGCCCACCACAAACGCCUACUCGCGCAAGUCGGUGAACAUGUUCAACUACUAA